AAAUUUCCUAGAACUGUCAUCUAGCUGUCAAAACAUAUCAAAACGAAUACUUUUAAGUUUAAUUUUUGAAUUAAAUUAAUAAUAAAGAUCGCAAUGUGUGGUAGAUUAGCUUGUUCUUUAGAUCCGGAAGAAAUACAUAAUUCAUGCACCAUAACAAAAAGCUCAAAAACAAUUAAACCUAAAUGGAAAAACGACUCAGGUUAUACCUACAAACCAUUUUAUAAUGGCCCUCCAACAACAGUAGUUCCAGUUUUAACAUUCCAACCAGAAUUGAACCAAAAAGAUGUUGAGGAAAGUUUGUCUUUGGUGCCAAUGAAAUGGGGAUUUACACCAUCAUUUGAAGUUAAUCCUCAAGCUUUAGCACACACUCAUAAUUGUCGUUUAGAAAAUGUAUUAAAAUCCUCUUUAUACCGAGAUAGUUUAAAUUCAAAGAAAAGAUGUGUCGUUGUCGCUGAAGGUUUUUAUGAAUGGCAAACAGCUUCAGGACCUGAUCAAAAACAACCUUUCUUUAUUUAUCAAGGAGUUGAAUCAAAAAAUGUUCAUUCCAACAAAAAGCAUUUAAUGCAUAUGGCUGGAUUAUGGACUAUUAAAAACACAGAUGAAGGUCAAAAAUACUCUUGUACUAUUUUAACAAUGGAAUCAGAUGAUUCUUUGAAUUGGUUACAUCAUCGAAUGCCAAUUAUUUUAAAUACUGACCAAGAAAUCUUAACUUGGUUAGAUUUUAAAAGAUUCAAUAAUGAUGAGGCACUAAAAAUCGUUUCUGAACCUUUUAAUAAAAGAAGUGGGAGUGAAUUUAAGCUAAAAAGUUAUACUGUUAAUAAGAAAUUUGUUAAUAAAUCGACUUGUAAUGAAAAAGAAUGCAUGGUUAAGUUUGAUGUAAAGAGACCUAACACUUUGGAUUCUUGGUUAAAACCAGCUAAAAAAGCUAAAAUGGAGUCGGUUUAAUCAUAAUAUUGUUAUUUUUUAUAUAAUAAAGUUUUUUGUAAGGUU